GAGAAAAUUAGAAACAAAAGGCUCGACAAAAGCUUACACUGUAUAUAUUAUUUACAAUCUGUGAGUGUAUUGCUAAGUAGCAUCGCGAUGAUCCAAACGUUAUGCUGUUUCCUCAGCAGCAAGGAGAAAGAUCCACGAGAUCAUAAAAAGGGUGAAAAAGGAAAGAAAGAUGGAUCGCUUGCUGUUUUGAAGUCGAGUACGAAGCGUUCCAGCAAAAAAAAGUCAGGAGGAGGCGGUGGUUUUUUCGGCUUCGGCGGUGGAUGCGGAGGUGGUGGUGGUGGAUGCGGAGGUGGUGGUGGUGGUGGAUGUUAA